AUGGUACUGGAACAAAACACCGAGUCACUGUCAUAUUGCUACUCCUUCGACAAAGAGUUGCUUCAGGAAUGGAGCUGGAAGCAGCAGUUCGCUACUCAAGCUGACACCCAUGAGUAUAUCAAGCGUGUGGCCACGAAGCAUGAUUUGUAUCAGGACAUUCAGUUCCACACACGCAUCAAGUCUGCAAGCUGGGACGAAGGACGUAGAAUCUGGACCUUCGCGGAUGAGUCGGGUAAAUCAUAUCGUACUAGGUUCUUCAUCAGCUGCCUGGGCUUCCUCUCCGCGCCAACUCUCCCGAAUAUCCCUGGCAUCGAAGACUUUGCCGGCCAGUCCUUUCACACCAACGCGCUUGCCAGCAAAAUCAGGGCUCAUGACGAGAUCCGCUGGCCAGCGGCUGGUGUGAUCGGUACCGGAGCGACGGGCAUCCAAACGAUCACGACAGUAUCGAAGGAGCCGUCCAUCAAAUCACUGAGCGUGUUCCAGCGAACAGCGAAGUGGUCAGCGCCUUUGCGCAACUCCGAGAUCACACCUGAGCGGAUGGCCAAGCACAAAGGCAGCUACGAGGAGCUUUUCCAGCAGUGUGCAGAAUCACCAAGCGGCUUUCUCCAUAACUCCGACCCUCGCAAGUCUCUAGAGGUCACGGACGAGGAACGACAAGCACACUGGGAGAAGCUUUACAAAGAACCCGGCUUCGGCAAGUGGCUUGGUGUCUUCAGCGAUACAUACACAGAUCGCCGCGCGAACAAGCUAUACUCCGACUUCAUCGCCAACAAGAUCCGGCAGCGAGUGCAUGACCCUGCCACGGCUGAGAGCCUGAUUCCAAAGAACCACGGCUUUGGCACGAGACGUGUCCCUCUCGAGAGUGGCUACUUCGAAGCCUUCAACAAACCUCACGUUCACCUCAUCGAUCUACAAAAGACUGUAGGACAACGGCGCGAUGGCAAAUGGUCAAGACACCAGCUCAACCCUCCAUCAACAUUGUAG